AUGUUCGGGAAUAAAUCAGUUUAUAUUUUAACAAUUGUUUGGAAUGAAAAAUAUUUUAUUGAUUCAAAAGCAAUACGUUAUGCUGCUCGACGAUGUCUUUAUCGAGCAGCAAAUACUCAAUUAAAUGUAGAAUUAAAAACUCUUAUAAAUCAAAAUAAUGAAAUUCUUCAUGAAAUAAAUCGAUGUAAUAAUGAUUUACAAAAAUAUGAUGAAAAAUUACAAAUACUUGAUAAUAUGAGUGAAUUAGCAACACAAUCACUUGAAGCCUAUUUUCAAACACGUAUGGAAAAUUUACGUACAUUUGUUCAUGAACAAUGUCGAAUUAUAUCGGAUGGUAUACAAGAAGAAGCUGAUCAUUGGAAAGAAAUUCAUGCUAUGUUACAACAAAAAUUAGUUGUACCGGGCGAUUUACGUUCGUAUGGUGGUGGAAAUGGUUUACCUCGAACUGUUAAACAAAGUCCAGAAUUUAGUCGAAUUAUGGAAGAAGAUGAAGAAGAAGAAGUAGAACAAGAUGAAGAGAAAGAAGAAAAUAAAAAUGAUGUAUCUAUUUUAUUGCAAGCACGAACUUUAACACCAUUAAUUACUCAAACAUUAAAAAGUAAGUUAAUUAAUAAACAAUACUUUUGGGAAGCUCGUUUACGUGCUUCAAAAUUAUCUCAAGAUACAUCAUUAAUUGCUCCUUCUCAAUUGAAUAUGUCUACUACAAUUCAUGAACAAACAUUAAUGGAAGAAGAAAUUCAAUCUCCUCAAAAAGAAACAGUAAAUCAUAUGACAUUACGUGAUGUAUCUGCUAUUGAAAAAGAAACAGAAAUGGAGACAGAUAUGAUUAAUCCUGAUUUAUCUGUUUCACUUUUACCAUUUAUAACAACAAUAAAUCAUGAUGAAGAUAAAAAUAAACAUAAUAGAUCAAUAGCUUCAAAUAUUUCGGAUAAAACAUUUGUUAAAACAUCAUUAAAACCAUUUUCAUCAGAAGAAGACGAAGAAGAAGAAACAGAUAGUGGAGAUAAUACAGUUAUGGAAGAAAGUCUUCUACUUGAUAAUAAAGAAACAAAUCGUCCAUUAUUAUUAACUGCUGAUCAAUCAAUUCGCAUUCGUGAUCAUCCAUCACGACAUGAAAAAAUUUCUUUGCCUAAUAAAUCUUUAGAAGAAAAAGUUAAAAUUAAACAAGAAAAAGUUAGUUUUUGUGAACCAAUUAAAAUUCAUAAUAAUCUUGAACGAAAGUGUUUAGGAAAAACAUUUUUAUUAAAUAAUAAUACAUUCGAUGCUGAGAAAUCAGAUUAUGUUCGCCCAACAAUUCUUAUUACAAAUGAUACUUCAAAAUUAUCUCCUAUACAAUCUGAAGAAUCUGAAAAUGAAGAACAACCAAGUACAGUAAGGAAAACAGAGAAAAGAUCAAUUGAUGAAGUAUUAUCAACAUCGACAUCUUCUAAUAGAAGUCGAACAUUUAAAAGUCCAGUUGUUACACAAUUACCUCCACCUGUACCGACAGGAAGUAUUGAAAAUAGUAAUAAACGUCGAACAAAUCGUCGAACAACGAUUCGAUUACUUCAAGAUAAUCAAAAUGUUGUACCACCACAACCAGUUGAAAAUCCAACUAAAACUCGUUAUCAAACACGAUAUUCUACUCGACUAGCAGGUACAAUGAUUAAUGAAGAAGUAACGAUAUCAACAACAAAUCGACGAACAACACGUGUUACUUCGGAAUAA